AUGGCGACUUCCAGCAACGCUUCAUUGAAGAAAUGGCCAAAUACUUCGAACGAUUACGAUCUUCAGGAAGUCAUAGGUAAGCUAAAAUUGUAACCUUUGUGUUCGCCAUUGAAGGCACAAACUAAGCAAUGUUUUAUGUCGUAGGAUAUGGAGCAACUGCUGUCGUACAGGCAGCUUUGUGUAAACCACAAAAUGAGAGAGUGGCAGUCAAGAGAAUCGACUUAGAAAAGUGUGGAGCGAGUAUUGAUGAGAUGCAG